UUUCUCUCUCUUCCACUUCAACGACGACUGCCACUAUUCUUUUUCUUCCCCGUAGACCGUUGAAUUACUAUAAUACUAUCCCAUACAUAUUAUUAAAACUUUAACAAAAAAAAAAAAAAAACCACAAAUACCAUUGUUACAGUUUCAAUCUCUAUGAUUUAUCUUCCAUUCCCAAUUCUCCAAGAAAGUAAAAAAAAGAAGGAAAAAAACUUUUCUUGAAAGCUUUUGCUUCAGUUAUACUGUUUUAAGCUUCUUUGGGAUAUCAGAUUUGAGGGUUUUGGUUUUCUUGGAUUAGGGUUUUGAUUAUUUUUAUGGGUUUUUGAGUUCUUGAAGAUGUGGAGUAGUAUGUGAAGUUGUUGAUGAUUUUAAUGAGGAAAAUAUAGGUUUUUAGCUUGUGGGCUUGUGGUGAAGUGACUUUGUGGAAUGAUGGAUCAAUGGGUCUUUGGGAUCUUGGUUUUUGUUUGUUUAAUUGGGCUGCUGUUGGUUCCUGUAAAUGGUAACACUGAAGACAGGUGAUGCGUUGAAUGCGCUGAAGACCAACUUGGCUGAUCCUAACAAUGUUCUACAGAGUUGGGAUCCAACUCUUGUCAAUCCAUGUACUUGGUUUCAUGUGACCUGCAACAGUGAGAAUAGUGUAACUAGAGUUGAUCUUGGAAAUGCAAAUUUGUCGGGUCAACUCGUUCCACAGCUUGGUCAACUCUCGUUUUUGCAAUACUUGGAACUUUAUAGUAAUAAUAUAAGUGGAAAAAUUCCUUUUGAACUGGGGAAUUUGACGAAUUUGGUGAGCUUGGAUCUUUACUUGAACAAGCUAACUGGUCCAAUCCCCGACACUUUGGGCAAGCUUCAGAAAUUACGUUUCCUGAGGCUUAACAAUAACACUUUGAGUGGACAGAUUCCGAUGUCUCUAACCACAGUCACUUCACUUCAAGUACUUGAUCUGUCAAACAAUGAAUUAAUUGGAGCUGUUCCAGUCAAUGGUUCCUUUUCGCUUUUUACUCCUAUCAGUUUUGCUCAUAAUAAAUUGGAGGCUGUUCCAGUUGCUCCACCUCCUCCUAUUUCUCCAACGCCCCCUUCUUCUCCAGGUAUUGGAAACAGUGCAACCGGGGCGAUUGCUGGAGGUGUUGCUGCGGGGGCCGCUCUUCUGUUUGCAGCUCCUGCGAUUUUGCUUGCUUGGUGGCGUCGAAGGAAGCCGCAAGACCACUUCUUUGAUGUUCCCGCUGAGGAAGAUCCAGAAGUUCAUCUUGGACAACUCAAGAGGUUUUCCUUGCGCGAAUUACAAGUUGCAACUGACAAUUUUAGCAACAAAAAUAUACUUGGUAGAGGAGGAUUUGGCAAGGUUUACAAGGGCAGGUUGGCUGAUGGCAAUUUGGUUGCGGUUAAAAGAUUAAAAGAGGAGCGUACUCAAGGCGGGGAGUUACAGUUUCAGACAGAAGUAGAAAUGAUUAGUAUGGCCGUGCAUCGUAAUCUACUUCGUUUAUUGGGAUUUUGCAUGACAGCAACUGAACGGUUGCUUGUUUAUCCAUAUAUGGCGAAUGGAAGUGUUGCUUCACGCUUAAGAGAGCGGCCAGAAUCAGAUCCACCACUUGCCUGGCCAAUAAGGAAGACUAUAGCACUUGGAUCUGCAAGAGGUCUUGCUUAUUUGCAUGAUCAUUGCGACCCUAAGAUCAUUCACCGUGAUGUCAAAGCUGCAAAUAUAUUGUUGGAUGAGGAGUAUGAAGCUGUUGUUGGAGAUUUUGGGUUAGCCAAACUCAUGGACUACAAGGAUACUCAUGUUACUACUGCUGUACGAGGUACAAUUGGGCAUAUCGCCCCUGAGUAUUUAUCCACGGGUAAAUCUUCAGAAAAAACCGAUGUUUUUGGCUACGGAGUUAUGCUUCUAGAGCUCAUUACUGGGCAAAGGGCAUUUGAUCUUGCUCGACUUGCAAAUGAUGAUGAUGUCAUGUUGCUAGAUUGGGUCAAGGGACUUCUAAAGGACGAGAGGUAUGAAACAUUAGUAGAUGCAGAUCUUCAGGGUAAUUACAAUGAAGAAGAGGUGAAACAGCUUAUUCAGGUAGCUCUGCUCUGCACACAAAGCUCCCCAAUGGAACGUCCAAAGAUGUCGGAAGUGGUGAGAAUGCUUGAAGGUGAUGGCCUAGCUGAGAGGUGGGAAGAAUGGCAGAAAGAGGAGAUGGUCCGACAAGACUUCAACCAUGCUCACCAUCCUCACACUGAUUGGAUUAUUGCAGAUUCCACUUAUAAUCUACGACCCGAUGAGUUAUCAGGGCCAAGAUGAUUUUUUAGUUGUUCUGCCAGCAGCACAUAUAGGACUCUUUUACGGGAAAUCCUUUGUAUUUUGUAAUUGCCAAUUUUCAUCUUUGUGCAUAUUAUAUUCCAUUUUUUUCAUAUUCUCUUUUUCAUUUUUUAAGCUUAUUGUAUGUCAGGAAUUUUGAUGACAUCUGAAUGUCUAUAAUUUACUCUGGGUCAUUUAAAGAUUUGAAUGUUAAAAGUAUCCACAACAGGAACGGCUGUGGAAGCACAAAUGUAUUUUCUUUUCUUUCUGGA